GCCCACAGUGAUAUCCAGGGCACAAGCUUGAAGCAGCAAGCUCCUCCUGAGUUGCCUGCUUGGUUUCAGCUGCUGCGCUGCAUCAGCUGGGGUGCCUGCCUCCCCUGCUGCACCAAAUUCCUUUUAAGAUGCUACAAGAGUUCAUCUCUUCCAGAAGUACAUCUUCGUGAUGCCUCAGGGAUGAUGUGGGAACCUCUUGGGAAAGUAUUUACUGCCCCUUGGAGGGCUUUGCUGGAACCAUGUGGGUUUACUGUUGUCUUGGAGAGUGUAGCAGAAACCUGUGAUGCUGUUUUUUUUCCUCUUGGGAAAAGGGGCAAAAUAUGAAAGUGCUUGCAGGAUGAAGAAAGCGUGGGAAUUUGUGCUCCUAGUUAAAAAUUAAGACCCAGAAGAGCCAGCUUGCCUGCUCUGUACCAAGCUGUUGUGCUUUACUGGAAUUCCUGUGUUGCUGCCAGGCACGUCUGGCUGAGUGAGAGCAUUCCCUCUGGGAAGAUAUCCAAGUGCCCUGUCCUGCCAACUGGUCCUGCUGAUGGAGGAGCCAAGUGUUGUAUUGUGCUGCAUGGGCUCUGUGCUGCUUCCUCUCCUCUCCCUCUGACUAAGAAGCACCCAAGAGGCCUAUCCUGGACUGUUGAAACUCAGCAACUGCUCUGGCCAAGUAUUCCUCGAGUAAAGCCCCAGCUCCUGUACCAUGUACCAGCCCAGCUUUGUACCGCGGGACUACUGUCCAGCCAUGAUCCCAUCUCCUCCCCACACCUACCUACCACUGCGCCCUGCGAGAGCGGAAGACCCAAGCAGCUCCACGAUGUUCCCUCCCAUCUACAUGCACAACUUCUACAGCCGCCCCAUGACCUUUGUGAUAGACAGAAGCAGCUACCCUGACUAUGUGGGCAGUCAGGUGGAGUACCACCACUUGUACAGUGCUUCCAACCCUUACUUCCAUCCAUACUAUACCUGGCAUUUAGCCCCUGUGGUCCCUGUCCCACUGUAUAAUCCCUAUGCAAACUACAAUCCCUAUGCUGCCUACCACAGGUCAGACCACUAUCGAGACACAUGGCCAGAUGGCUUCACCAUGAGAGGGGAGCUUCAGUGGGGGAAGCUUGCAAAGGUGUUUGGACCAAGGAAAGACCUCCCAGAAUUUGUGAAGGAUGAUCUCCGGAGGGUUUACGGCACCUACCCACGGACCAAUGUCUCCAUCACCUACCGGAAAGGGGAGUUCUUAGUCAAAGCGGACCCCAAGGUAGGAGAGCAGGAGUACACAGUGGAGAAAAAUGUCAUCCAGAGGGCUCUGACCCCCAGUGCCAGUGAAGCAGAUGACAGCAGUGAGGACCGGAACAGGAAGAAGAAAAAGAAACUGAGACGUUGAUGUAGUUGGUCACACAAUAAACAUGCUCUGCAGCUCCAGGGAGUCAGCUGGAAGCUAGGAAGCAGCUCAAGCAAUGGGUGCCACUGCUCCCCAUGGCUUUUAACUCCUCUGUGUCCCUCACAAGCUUAUGGUAGCUUCUCCUGUUUGAUGCACAAUGCCUGUCCUGUGAAGAAACCACCUGGCACUUGUCUGUCUGUCAGAUCAGCUCUUUGGUCCUGGUUUUGGAAUCCACUGGUUUGGUUGGGUGGCCAUGGGCUGGGAGGGGAUUCCCAGAGAGCAGCCCCUGGUGAGAUGGCCCUCUUCAUACACUGUCCAGGGGGAGGUCCUGGGAGCUGGAUCCCUUUCUGGCACUCACCUGAGGAGAUAAAACUGGAUUUCCUUCAAGUUGAAGGCAGUGCAAGUCCCAGAGGGGAGAGGGGUGCUCUGGAACUGUAAAGAAUAUCUGUGUAUCAUCACUGCUGUUUUAUGGAUGUAGCACUUAUGUACUUAUGGUGUGAUGCCCGCACACAGCACUUUGCUGCACUCUGGCAGAAGAUCUCCGUGUCCUGAUCCUCUUACACUUGGUAACCUUGUGCUUGAUCCUCCUGGCCAUGUGUCCUGGCUGAAGUGGCUGCCUGAGGCUCUCUCCUGGGUCUGACCCAGCUCUGGGCUGGGGGUGCUGCCUUGCUGCAGAUAGCAGAGCUCUGUGUCCUGUGGCACCUCUGCAGCUGCUCUCCUGGGUCUGAGAAUGACUUGCUUGUAAACUUGUGCUUUUUAAAUGAUUAUAAAUA